UCUAAAUUUAAUAAUAGUAUCAAGGACAUUGUUGCUCACAAGAAAAUUUGUUUGUUGUUUGAAUAAAUUUAUUUUAUUGUGUAGUUUUUUAUCAUAUUAAUUUCUCAACACACCCAUCGACAAAGAAUCUAUGUCUACAGCUACGUGUCAGACAGCUUCUUUGAUAAAUCUACACAGCAAUAUCAAGAAAAAAUGACGGACUCAACAACUAGACUAUUCUCUGACAUCAAAUCGACUCAGUCGUGGCUACAAGUGAAUGACACUACGUCUCCGGUUAACAUCACCCUGUUUGACAUGUUGAACCUUUCUAACACUACCGAUAACAACAUGGGAGAUGAUUUAGUUAGAAAAAGAAGUACGGCAGAGAUCAUCAUAUACGGAUUUGUUGCAGGAUUGUUGAGUUUGUCCACAGUCUUGGGCAACGUCAUGGUCAUGAUAUCUUUCAAGAUGGACAAACAGUUGCAGACCAUCAGCAACUACUUCUUACUUAGCUUAGCAAUAGCGGACUUCUCUAUAGGGCUCAUUUCUAUGCCCCUGUUCACUUUGUAUAUUUUAUACGAAAAAUGGCCACUGGGACCUUUCAUUUGUGACACAUGGCUAGCUAUUGACUACCUCAUUAGCAAUGCAUCUGUUCUUAACUUGUUGAUCAUUAGUUUCGACAGGUACUUCUCCGUGACGAGACCUUUAACGUAUAGAGCUAAAAGGACAACUAAAAGAGCAGCUUUUAUGAUAGCUUCUGCUUGGGUCAUAAGUUUGGCACUUUGGCCCCCGUGGAUAUAUGCUUGGCCUUAUAUUGAAGGUUCCAGAAAAGUUAAAGCAGGUAUGUGCUACAUACAAUUUCUAGAAACGAACCCUUUCGUUACUUUUGGUACUGCUAUAGCAGCCUUUUAUGUACCCGUUACUGUUAUGUGUGCUUUAUAUUAUAAAAUUUGGCAAGAGACAGAAAAGAGGAAAAAGGAGUUGACUCAUCUUCAAGCUGGAAAAAAAGAGGGAAGCAAAAACUCUACCUCUAGUGACGACCCCCAAGAGGAGGAGGAGAAAAAGAAAAGGAGUUACUCGUGUGUGCCAGAUGAUACCACUUAUGUACCAACGUCAUUAUAUGUACCGAAUGUACAGAAGUCACGUACGCAACGUUUAAAGGAGAGACUUUUCACUUUGUGUCGUUUGGAUAAAGACACGGAUGGUGGAGAGGAAGAUAGCACCAGUCACGGUUCUCAAGGCGCCAUAACACCCGCUUCUGUAGAAACGCCUAUUCAGUCUUCUUCCAGAACUACUUCCAUCACUUUCAAACCCGAACAGAUACACACCAUCAAACGAGCGGAUGCUGUAGCACUGGAAGACCGAAACGGCCCUAGAAGGCCGGAUUCGGUGCCAUCUACAUCUAGAGCACCUCCGCAUUCCAUCUCUUCAGAUUCAGUGUAUACGGUGCUGAUCCGACUGCCUCAACAGCCAUGUGCGGGUGAAGAAGAGUCGCCAGCAUCCAUCAAAAUGAUCUUAGAGGAGGAAGACACUGUAGCGGAAACAAAAAUGCAACCUACAAAGAGAUCAGAAAGCUCCGGAGGAAUCAGCAAACACACAGAACCACAUUCUAGACAAGGUUCAUUAAGAUUACGAGAAUCUGCCAUAGAGACAUUGAGACUACCACUCAACGCCAAAUUGGUACAUAAGCAAAUGGCUAAACAUCGCGGACCAAAGAAGAAAAGAAAACAACAAGAGCGUAAGCAAGAGAAAAAAGCAGCCAAGACUCUGAGUGCCAUUCUGUUUGCAUUCAUUUUAACAUGGACACCUUACAACGUCUUGGUACUUGUGAAAACCAUAAUUAAGUGUGAAGAAUGUAUAUCUGACACAUUAUGGAAUUUCGCUUAUUAUCUUUGUUACAUUAACAGUACGGUUAAUCCGCUCUGCUAUGCACUUUGCAAUGCAAAUUUCAGAAGGACUUAUAUUCGAAUUCUUUCUUGUAAAUGGCACAAUGAGAGAAGACAUCUUGCUAAUCACGGUUAUUUUAGCUGAGUAAGAAGUUUUCAUCAAAUUAGAAAAAUUUUCUUAUUAAUUAAUAAUAUAUAUGUCUAUAUGUUCGUAUGUAAGCACUGUGUGUUAGUAAUAGCGGGUACAAUAGAGCGUAAACACAAUCAUAAAAGUUGAUGCACCUAUCGUCAUUUUUAACUAUUUAUUUUCUUUCUUAAAAAUCACAAAAACCAACAUUUCUUUCGCUAAUUUUCAAAAUUCAUAUUCACAUUAUGCAAAAAAUUACAGUGAUAAGUGCGUAAAACUAUGGCACCAUACUCAAGGAGGUGUUCUUUUUUGGACUCAAAAAUUUACAGUAAAUUGCGAUUCACACGGUGCGAUUUUCGUUGCCGCAACAUAAACGGUAAAAUCAGCAACGAAGCCGAACUUAUUCGAAAUUUUGAUGUGGUUCAGAACGGUAAAUUUAUGUUUAACGCAGGUUGUUCGGCUUCUCUGCUUGUAGGUUGCACAGAAAUUGCAUCGUGUGAAACGAACAUAACGGUUGCAGGAGGACAAAAUUCGGCAUCUAGAGUUAGAAAAGAUGGUGCAAAAUCGUAGCAAAAUUCACAAUAAUUUUGCUACAUCGCUAUAUUCUUAAUCAAUAGUUGUGUGUUACGUGUACGUAUCGCGAUUACAAUUUUUAAAAACUCGAAGGAAUGCUCACUUAAUACGAAAAAUAUCCCCUCGUUUUAUGAGUUAAAAUAUCAAAUUUACUGAAUAAUUUAUUUUAAAAAAAACAGUAUAUUUGCAUUGCUUGUAUCAGUAUUAGAAUUAAAGAAAAAUGUUCAAGUUUAUGUUUUUAAAAUCCAGUUUUCCAAAAAGUUUCGUUAAUGUGUAGUACCAUUUUAUAAAUUCAAAAUGUUUACAGUUUAUACUUUUUAGAACAAAGGAAACUACGUGACUAUUAGUCAAAUUAUACUAUUAUUAUUAUAUGUAAAUUAUAUAUAUAUAUUUAUUCUUUGUUUUAUUGGAAGCAUUUGCAUGUGUUCCUCGAGUGCACAAACGUAAAAAAAAAUUAGAAAAAAUUAAAUGAAUGUUAUCUAACUAUGUGCAGUUUUAUGGUGCAUCAUUUAUAAGACAUACAAUUUGAAAUUUUUACAAGCGAACAAAGUUAAAUAGGGGGAAAAUAUUUAUAAAAAACACAAUAAAAGUCGUGUAUUUAUUUAAAUUAAAGUCGAAAAUAAGAAUUAAAAAAAUAAAAAAAAACAUUUUUAGAGCUGAAGCAAAGUAUAUGAAUUUUUACUAAAUAACAAUUUCUACUUUUGCCACCAUUUUUUGCCUUCAACAAAGGCAAUUAUAUAUCUAUAUAUCAGAUGGGACCAGGACUCCCCUAAGCAUACAUACAUAUAUAUAAAUUUAAAAAAAUUAUUAAACAUUUUUUUAUUUUAAUUCUAAAAAAAAUCUGUACUUUUGUUAAAGCAGCAACAUUAAUUUGAUUAAUUUUUUAAAAAUUUCGUUCGGGGGAGACAAAGCUCAAGACUGUUGCAACAGUCAACUUUUGAUAAAUAAUAUAAAAAGAAUAAUAAUAAAGAAACUAAUAAUAAUUUUUUAAAAAUAAAAUCUUAUGCAAAUAUGCCUCUAUAUAUAUAUAUAAAAAUUAAAAAAAAAUGUGACAUUAUUCUUUUAAAAAAUUAAAUUAAAAGAAUAAUAAAUACCGAGCUUUUUAAUUCUAUCAAAGUUGCACUAGUUGAUAUAUAAAAGAAAUCAUAAUAAUAAUAAUAAUUUGUACAUUUUUGUAGUGUUUAUUGUGUGACGUCUCCAUAAAAUAUUUAUUGUAUUUAAACUAUGGAAAAAAAACACUAUAUAUAUAUAAAUGGUAAUUUUGAAAAUUGUACAAAUGAUUAUUAUAAGAAAAUUACAUAUAAAUAUU